GUUGAAAACUACCUCGAUUCUUAAAUAAAUGCAAUAAUGAAAACUACAUUUGGGUGAAGAAGAUGAGAUGGAUAAAUUUGUUCUCGUAAUUUAGAUUUGAGCAAAAAAAAUUGAUUACAUUGAAAAAAAAGAGUUGAGAGGAGACUUAUGUGAGAACGUAACUACCGGAGCAUACACACACACACCCACAUAUAAUAUAAUUGGAUUGGAUGGAUAGGUUAUAAUUUGUGAGCGAAAAUGGAGGCAUCAGAUAGGAAAGAAGCAUCCAUUCCAUUUAAGUGGGAAAUCCAACCCGGGGUGCCCAGGAUGAAGGGUCUCCACGGAGCCGAUGAUGAUGAUCGGAGCAAUCGCCGCCGCCCAGAUUUACACGCUCCUAAGAUGCUCAGGCCUCCGCCGGGCGGGCGGCUUUUCUACAGGCCGAUCAGUGAGCCCCGCCGCUCCUUCAGAUCUCGUCCCGCCGUGGUGGAUUCGGGAGCGUGCUGCCCGUCCUCGUUGCUGACCAGCUGGAAGGGGGCCCCGCCGCCGGCGGAGUACUGCUCCGACGCUGAGACGACAUCGAGGCGGUCCGGUUCGACUUGGAAAUCGCUCUCCCAUUUCAGCGACUCGCCCCAGUAUUUCUCCUCAACCCACACGUCACCGCCUCGCCCCGUAAACGACGCUGAGUGGCCCACCUUUGCUUUGCUUUAGUUCCUAUGGGUCACCUUUUUCUUUCUUCCUGUCUAGUUUUCAUUUUGAUAGGUAUGUCUAUUUGUGUACAUAUAAUUAAUGACAACACUCCUUCCUUCUAGUACUCGUCAGGUUUGUGUGGAGUUUUUUUUGUCCGUCUAUCCGAUUCAAAGACAAAAUAAUUUGCAUAAACAUGUUUACAAACUCCUCAUAGAUAUGGUGGACACACCAAUGGGAAUAAGA